AACUUUAUUUUUCUCGGCAAGUAUAAACACUCUGUGCACACGUGUGGCCGAACGAAGCUAUAGCAGAUAAUUUCUUAGUUAAUUUUGGUGAUAAAUAAUUAUUUAUAAUGAAAGUGGACGCAGAAAUUGAGGAGGUGGUGAUUCAACCCCGAAAAAUUCAGCCGAUCAUUGUUAACUUCCAAAAUGGUCAACUGAAAGACACAGAAGCGAAGAAAAUGAAGUCAGGAGUGUUUUAUGACGAGAAGGCGAAGAAAACCCUUGUGGCAAUGUCCAAUGGUCAAGUUGUAUAUCGAGGGUACCGACCAGAUCCUGCCAAGGAGCUGACCUACACGAUGUUGGCAAUUCACAACAAGAAGACUGGGAAAGUGCGACUAGUUCAGGCGGAGCGGUGGCAGGUAGCUCCUGUGCUGGACCGUGAGCCCGAGAGGAAUAACGAUCUGGAUGGAAACAGACUCAUGAUGCUCAACAGAACGUUCGGCUCCAAGAAAGUCAAACGAAGGACUGAACAGUACGAGAAGAUGAAGGUCAAUAUCGAGGCUGCCCAGGAGCAACUGGAGGAGACUAUCGCUAACGUAGAAAUUAACAGAGACGACCUGACGAUUCAAAUUGAUGAGCAGUCGGCGCACUUACCUCCAUGCAACAGAGAAGCAGCACUUGUGGAACAUGUUUACAAUCUCCAUGAUCUCAUCCCCAAGGAUGUUCUCAAGACAUUGCAGUCUCAAGCGGAAUAUAUUCAAGCCCUGGAAAGGAAUUCGGAAUUUUAUUCACUAGCGCUCAAGAAUAUUGCGGGCAGUCCCAAGAUGGACAAAAAAAUCGCUGUAUUGGAAUUUAUUUACUCGGUUGCUACCUGGUUGAAUAUGCCAGCAAGAAAUAUGAAGAAGAAGACGAAGGACAUUUGUUCUGUUUCUCCAGAAGCUUCGCAGUAUAUCCUCGAGACUUACAGUGUAACUGGUGCCUCGGAAAGACUACGACCCACGAGUAUACGAGACAAGGCCCUCCUCCACUGCAUGAUCUUGGCGCUCAUGAUAUUGGACUUUAAACUAGACCUGACGUUGUUCGCCACUCUCAUAACGGGCCGAUUAGGUCUGAAGAAGCUUCAAGAUUUGGCUAGACUAGUUGGUGCAGUUCCAGUCAAAACUGAUAAGAAAGUAGUCGUCUUAAAGGUGCCAUUACCAGCUGCCCCAACCCUGGUACCUCGUGGAAAGAAGAAAACCAUCUUCUCGUGGUCGAAGAGAAAAAGAAUUACUUUGAUGUUCUCAAUAGGCUUUAUUCCAAGUGGAAAAAUAGGUUACAUAUUCUUUUAUAUCUACUUUGGACAUAUUGAUAAGACAGCUGGGUAUAACGACGAGAACACGCCGCAAAUCCACACGUCGAAGAACUCCUGGGCUUUUUCGAAAAUCCGAGGUAAAUCACCAAUACACAGUGUAUACCCAGAAAUUGUCAUGCAUCUUCCUUGAUCGGUCACAUCUAAGUCUGUGUUAUCUCCUAUAAUCAAACGCAUUUAUUUAAAAUCCAAUUCAAUCAGCAAUUUUAGUAUUACUUAAAGGGAUAGGCUCAGAAAUUGGGUAAUUAUUUCGAAUAGUCCGUUCCUCUCGAUUGAAAUUCAAACAGGGAGAGAAAGGGAGACACUAAUCCUAAUAUUUCUUCCCAUUAUUUCGCGAAGCCACUUUGAACCGAAAUAAUCCACUUUUUCACUUUUAUAACAUUUAAAAAAUUAUGAAAAAAUCAUCACCACUAGGCGCAGCAAAGGUACAACCGAUGAGAGCAACAGCUGCCACGAUGAAAAAUAUUUUAGUCAUCUCCAUCACUAUUUUGUAAACCAACAAUAGUGUUCGGUGGUUGUUCCCACAAUGAAGACCGAGUGGCUAAUGCAAUUCGGUUUUACUUGUCCUGCAAUGGGCAAAGAUAAUAACCCGCCUUAUAUACUAUCAGGGCAAUAUUUCCUCGUGUUUUACGCUUUACAUAUUUGCUAUUUCCGGGAAAUAUUUAGGGCGGGGGUGGCGUGUGAAUAGAUAAUCAACUCCGGAAAAGAAGGAAAUCACAAUUUGAAGUUUUCGUGGGGGUCUAUUUUAAACUCCGAAGGAUUUCGCUCGGGUCUGUGCCUCAGAUGGCCCCGAAUUUCUUCCUGGAAGUUCGAGUAAUCGGAUCGACUUUCAGGUAGUUGCUUCACCUCCCCUCUUGGGAUGAGAUAUCGUGAAAUAUUUUUUAUGAAUAUUUUGUCAGGUGGAAAAGGGCUUUUCCAUGGUAUCGCUCAACAGGGAUUUUUCGACAUGUUAAGGGAUUUUUUAUUAGCAGAACUUGUCUUCAUUUAAUGUUUAAAUUAUUCGGAGGAAAGUUCUGCUUGCGCACUUGAUGCACGAUUCCAUUAGUUAAUUUCUUUAUCAGAGCAGGAAUGUCCAGUUUUAGCAAUAGUUAAUUAGACAAAAUAACUCGAAAAACUGUGGAAUGCGGAUAAUCCUGACGUCAUUGGCAGCCGAGCGAUAUGUUGUUGUCUAUGCACAUUUUUGCCUUUGCAUAAAUAAUUUUCACUCCAUAUUCUGGCAGGUACUAUAACUCACUCAUUGUUUGUUCAUAUUUUCCUCGUGGAAUGACUCGUCAUCAACGUCGACAAUUCCAUUGCAGCUUCAGAAAAAAUGAGAAUUCCAGAGCAAAAUAAAUUCCAGUUCUUAAUAAAAUUUCUUUUGGGUUUACAUUUUUUAUGCUCAUUACACUUUAUUCACUAUAGUUUUAAUUACACAGAAGCAUUUACAAUCGGUAGGUCAUGUUUGGAAUAUUCUGUCAAGAGAUCUUGGGAAUAAGUGCCCCAAAAAGAUAGGUAAUCAGGCAAGUUACAUAGAUAAAUGUAAUUCCGAAUUUGAAAGGACUGAGAAUAAUUGAAGCCAUGGGAAGUGUGAUUAGAAAA